UAUUGCCAUCCCCACAUCGAUCUCCUUCUCUGUUUCUCUUUGAAAGAAUCUACAUCUCCUCCUCCUCCUCCUCUCGUGAUUCUGAUGGCAACUUGGUUCAGGAGAACCAGAGCAGUUUCUCAUCACCUCAGAAGAAACGACAAGUGCCCAUCAUCAUCCUCAUCCCCCCGUGCAAUUCUUGAUCUCCAGGGUGCGUCUGCGCCUGUAAUGCAACCUCCUAUGAGUGUUCGAAUCAGACGCGCAACCGACGGGAUCUCGCCAGCCAGACUCCCGAUCUUCUCGGCCAAACGCUUCGAGUCCACCAGAGCUGAGAAGCAUCUCCAGUUAUUGCAAGAAGCAGAAGCAGUAGAAGAUGAUCUCGAUGACGACAACGACGAUGAUGACGAUGCUCAGGUCUUGGAUUUCCCGGGCGGAAAGGUUGCAUUUACCUCCAAAAUGCAAUUCAUAUCGGAGUCGUCCGAGAAGAGAGUACCGUGUUAUCGAGUGCUCGAUGACUAUGGACAGCCAAUUGAGUAUGAUUGCUCUGCCCAGGUGAAUGAGGAACUCGCCGUGAAAAUGUAUACAGAUAUGGUCACCCUGCAGAUCAUGGAUGCCAUUUUCUAUGAAGCACAAAGGCAAGGUCGGAUAUCGUUCUACCUCACAUCGAUGGGGGAAGAAGCUAUCAACAUAGCAUCUGCAGCUGCCCUUACGGAUGAUGACGUCGUCUUGCCUCAGUACAGAGAACAUGGUGUCUUACUGUGGCGCGGUUUCACGUUACAAGAGUUUGCUAACCAGUGUUUCGGUAACAAGGUCGACUAUGGAAAAGGUCGACAGAUGCCAAUUCAUUAUGGAUCUAAUAAGCACAAUUAUUUCACCGUGUCGUCGCCAAUCGCAACUCAACUUCCUCAGGCUGUUGGUGCGGCAUAUUCUCUUAAGAUGGAUAAGAGAAGUGCAUGUGUGGCUGCAUAUUUUGGUGAUGGCGGCACUAGCGAGGGAGAUUUCCAUGCUGGCUUGAACUUUGCAGCGGUCAUGGAAGCCCCGGUCAUCUUCAUCUGUCGAAAUAACGGAUGGGCGAUCAGUACCCACAUAAGAGAACAAUUUCGAAGUGACGGCAUUGUUGUAAGGGGCCAAGCAUAUGGAAUCCGUAGUAUUCGAGUGGAUGGUAACGACGCUCUCGCUGUUUAUUCAGCGGUACGUGAAGCUCGUGAAAUGGCAAUCAAGGAUCAAAAGCCUAUAUUAAUUGAGGUUUUAACUUACCGAGUAGGACACCACUCCACAUCAGACGAUUCGACAAAGUAUCGACCCAUGGACGAAAUCGAGUACUGGAAAAUGUCGCGAAACCCUGUAAACAGAUUCAGAAAAUGGGUUGAAAGGAACAUGUGGUGGGACGACAAAAGGGAGGCCGAGCUUCGAAACAACAUUAGAACUCAGGUUCUCCAAGCAAUUCAGACUGCAGAGAAGUAUGAGAAACCUCCAUUAUCAGAAUUGUUCAGGGAUGUGUACGAGACUCCUCCAUCGAAUCUUCAUGAGCAAGAGAGUCAACUCAGAGAGACCAUCAAAAGACACCCAAAGGACUAUCCACUUGAUGUCCCUGUGUAGAUGGACUUACAAUUAUGCAAGAAAAGAAUCUGUCUCUGAAGCAAGGCUUCUGUAAUUAGAAACCCGAGAUUAAUAUGAUCACCGUUUAAAAUUGAUAUACAGUGACAACUAUUACAU